AUGAUUGGAAUCCGUUCGAGUAUUUGUAGACCGACUGACCCUAGCAGCGGUGGUCCAGAAGGGACGAGUGGAAACCGGGCGGCUUCCGAGGGCCCGGAGAAAACAAAAGAGAGCGACAUCUUAUCCUCUGUGACUUUUUCAUGGUUCCAUUUCGAAUUGCUCUCACUGCAGGAUGACGAGGCCGAGAACUUUCCUCAUUCUCAUGGUGGGACUGUACCUAUACAAAAGGUUUUAAUACGCCAUAGAUUCGUAAAUGCAGAAGAUUUUCCCCAACAUGAAGCUUUUAUGAAGGAUCGCAUUGUCUCGAGGCUGCUGACAGCCAGGGAGCUGCGUGUGCCAAUUACAUUUGAUCUUUGCUUGUUGAAUUGUGUAAAGUCCGAGAAAAUCAGCAACGGCGUCCGAUCACAUUUUAAUUGCUCCGUCGUUGCCUGCCUGCCUGACCAUGUACACCAUUGUUUGCACCGGACACGCCUUGCAUCAAUGCUCCCGAACGAGCAUGUCGAACGCGACACCUACCACGAUAACACAGUAGCUGGGGCUCAGGCAGACGACGAGGAAGCACAAUUGCUCCCAACGGAAGAGCUUGAGUUUGAGGACAAUCUCGCCACGUCUUUGCCGUAUACGGCACGGCACAGGAGCAUCUGGCAUUGGCUUCAAGGAGCUCAGCCGCCCCGACCUCAAACCAUACACCCCUUUCUCCCUUCGAUCCAACGAGCGCCGAUACGAUUUCUUGACCGCAUUCUUCCCGGGAAACACCAUCAAAGCAUAGUUCUCGCUGCGUGUCUGUUGUUGUGGGCCAUUGUGUUCCUGCUGUUCUUACGAUCGCAGCUUCCAAUAAAGGACGGCGCAGGACGAAACAUAGUGAACCUCGACUGCGUCGAUACGUUGUGGAAACCCAAGAACCAGUGCGGCGUAGACGGUAUAGACUGUCGCCCAUUCUCAAAUGAUUCGUUUGCAUUUCGCUGUCCAGCCAAGUGCGCCGGUGUCCAGUUGCUCAACCCACGCGCCGUUGGACCACUGCAUGUCAAUUACCGGCCGUUGGUGGUUGGUGAUGAGAUAUACCGUGGUGACAGCUUCAUCUGUGGUUCUGCUAUUCACUCUGGUAUCAUUAGUGAUACGAAAGGUGGUUGUGGGAGGGUGUCGCGCCUUGGUAAUCAUGACGAAUUCCCCAGUGCGAAGAGGCACGGAAUUGAAUCGAUACCCUUUGAUUCGUAUUUUCCAUUGUCUUUCUCCGUAUUGAAAGACCCAACCAUUCAGUGUAGAGGCGACCCUCGUCAAGCACUACUGGUCGUGUCGUUAUUAUUCACAACUCUUUUUUCAAUAUUCUCGACAUCGCCUCUACAAUUCUUCCCCACCUUCACUCUCAUUUUCGCCCACGUAAGCUUCGCAUCGGACCCCCCUUCAGCUUCGUAUCUCAACAUCUCUGUUCUACCUGAUCAUAUCUCCAUGUUUGCCAAACGGUUCCUUCCUGCCUUCUUCUGCGCCGUCGUUCUGUACUGGACAGUCGUCAAGCGCACUUUAUCUGGACUCGAAGCACAAUUUGAAAAGACAGUUUUCUGGCUUGGCGGCUUCUGGUUCGGCGCUCUAUCCAACUACACGUUCGACUGGAUCCCAAUCUCCCGUCUCACGGCUCACGACCUAGAACAACAGCCAGGCGCUAAGGUAGCACUUGCUGUCAUCCUAAUCAUCCUAGUCUGUAUCAUUGCACAACAAAUAUACUACUUCUGGCUCGAACGACGCUUACUCCGCUACCUGGCGUUAUACGGACUCUUCAUACUUGUUAUCCUUAUCUGCCUUGUGAUUCCAGGGGUCUUGCUCCGGAUUCAUCACUACAUCCUUGCUCUACUUUUGCUGCCGGGGACUAGCGUGCAGACUCGGCCAUCUCUUCUAUACCAAGGCAUACUGCUUGGCCUAUUUGUCAACGGCAUCGCCAGAUGGGAUUUUGACUCUAUUCUUCAAACAGCCGACGUUCUUAGGGGAGAUGGUUCUUUUGAUUCAGUACUCCCUUCCCUUAUGCAGCCUCUGAUUUUUCAAGAUGGAGAAAGUUUCACUGCCUCAUUUUCAUGGGAGAUACCACCUGUCGGCGUGCAUGGUAUUAGUGUGCUAGUAAAUGACGUUGAGCGUGAUCGGGCUUUCUUUACAGAUGAGGGGGUUCACAGCUUCGUGUGGACCAGAAGCAAUGGCCUAGAUCUACCAGAAUACUUUAGGCUUGGGUAUAUUAAAGAAGGAAGGGCGUUGGAUUAUACAAAGGUGGGUACGUUGUUCGCAAAUGGGACUUGGGGGAUAGAGGAAGUUGAGAACGGAGAGCAAUUUUUAGAGAUGAUCUCUGACUGCACUGGAGCAUGA